AUGCGGGUUCUUGUUAUUGGCGCAAGUGGUCGUACAGGCAAGCUAGUCCUCGACGAACUCCACAAUCGAGGACACCAAAUUACAGUGCUGGCUCGCAAUCCAGCAGCAUUGGAAGGGUAUAAAGUUGAUGUCGUCAAAGGCACACCCACCAACAUGUCCGAUAUGAGAGAAGCGUUUAAGCGAGAUACCCCAGAAGUCGUUAUCGUAACCCUGAGCGCACCUCGAACCAGCGAUAGUCCCUUCGCCGCAGUGAUUUCCCCACCCCGCCUAAUGGCCGAUAGCAAUGCCAACGUAGUGGCAGCUAUGAAGGAAUUUGGUGUUCCCAAAGUGGUUGUUCUUCAAGCUUUCGGGGUUGGCGAUUCAUGGUCGAAUAUGCCAUGGAUAUUACAAUUGCUGAUGAGCAAGUCCAACAUGCGACAUCAGUACGAGGACCACAACAAUACCGACCGUGAAAUCCGUGCGAGCGGAGUGACUUUCGUUUUUGUCCGGCCUUCCCGGCUGGUGGACAGCGAUGUGCUGAAAGUUCGCGAAUGGCCUGGAGAUGGCAGAGGUGUUUCGAUGAUGGCGAGUUCUAGUCGGAAAAGCGUUGCUCAUUUCCUGAUCGAUGCGGCGAUCGAGUCCAAGUGGGACAACACGGCGCCGGUAAUCACAAACUAA